CUAUUUUCCAUGGAUUUUCCGCGAAUGGGUUUUCCAAACUUAAUCAUAUUCCUCCAGUAAUAAUUUUUAGGCCAUUUCAGAUGUGGGACUUGUAAUGAGUGAAAUGUAUAAUUUUAUGAAUGAAAAUAAUGUUCUAUCGUCUGUUUCGUGGUCGUUUAACAUUCAAACUUUACGUACUGUUAGCAAUUAUUAUAAUUGUUUCCGUAAGCGGAUAUCUAUUCCCGCAGUUUAAAUAUUUUAAUCCUAUAGCUCCAGUGACUGUUGCUCCCAAUGCCUUGCACACGCGGACAUCACGACACUUGUCCAAAUUAUUGACUGUUGUGUUCCGGCAGUUUGAUGAUUUUGAAAACGAUGUCGCGGACAGCGUGCAGUCUUUCGUCACCGCAUUCCCAAACAUGCCCGUGGUGGUCGUCUCCGACAGUACACCGUACCCACCGUUCCCGUUUUCAGCUACGAAUGACACGCUACGAAACGUUAAAGUGGUUUCUCUAGAACUGAAACUAGAUUCAUCACCGCGCGAUUUGAAUCCUCUCACUCACAUCCUUACUGAGUAUGUAUUAUUUGUACCUGAUUCUGUCCGUGUCUUACGCCGGGCGCUGCAGCAGGCAGCCGUUGUUGCGACAGCAUUCCCAGCAAACGCCAUAGCUUUAGGAGUGGCUAAUACCCACCUAAUUUGCCAGCAAAUAAAGUGGAACUAUGCAGACUGGACUCUUCAGUAUAAUAAGGAUGCUUCUGGAAAGCUCUGUGAUGCAGUGCAUGGCCCACAUGCGCUGUUAAUCAGGACUGCACUGUUGCAAACAUUACCUCAACCGUUUGCAUUGCCUUUUCCGGAGUCUUUAUAUUUGCAAACUAGUGUAAAGAAAGUUAAAGUACAAAUCGCAGAUGGAAAACUAGGAGCAGGGCGUAGUGUUCUGAAAUCUCCUGGAGCACGUCAGAGAGUGUCUCGUCGCAUGAGGGAUUACCGAGUAGCUCUCUAUAAACAGCUGGGUGUGAAAGCUGUUGUGAGGGAAGACGGGAGAGUGCAAUGGUUUGGCUGUAAAAGGGAGGGCCAGCGAUGCUACCCAUCAGUUCAAGGCACUCCAUCGUAUAUUCUGUCAGGGCGCAACACGCCGCCAUGUUGUCGCAGGAAUAUGCGACGCACAGCAGGGCAUGUGUUGCGAGCGUUAUUACAAGCUGGCGCGCGCUGCUGGCUAGAAACUACGUCGCUACUCGGCGCUGUUGUUCAGGGCGACCUGUUACCAUGGGCGGAGUACGCCGAAAUCGGCAUCCAUGCGUCCGACGUGUCCCGCGUGCCCUGGCUGCAAAGAGGCGGUGCCGACGCCGACGGUUUCGUGUGGGAGCGCGCCACCAAAGGUCACUACUACCGAGUGGCGUUCUCCGCUACCAACAGCGUGUAUGUACUGGUGCUGCCCUUCACGGCGAGAAACGGAACUAUGUGGCCGGCAGACUGGGUGCUGGCGCAUCAGAAGGAGUUCUCGGAACGGCAUUUACACCCUCUUGCACAGAUAUCUUUCGCCGGCCGUCAAGCCCCGGCGCCGAAUGACGCACGCGCAUUCCUCGACGCAAAACUCGGCGCAGGCGCGGUGGAGCGAUGCAACAAAAUAGGCCCGAAGUUGCUCUACCCAUAGUAUUGCUACAGCACACAAUAGACGUAAGAGAAAAUGUAAGAGACUACUUUAAUAAAGCACAACACACACUCUUUUAAAAUAGUCAAGUUUAAGUAAUGCGACAAAUUUUAUUUAGGGUUCUGUAUUUCAUAAUAUACCCACGUUAAUAAUUUCCAAUAUUGUGGGUGGACCAGCUACAAGUAUUUAAAUGUUGAUUGGAAAUUAACAAUAGCGGUACUUCGCCCUAAUGUUGUUUAAUUUAGUUGGCUUUGGCGCGAUCUGUAGCUGGAAUAAAAAAAAUCACAACCAUCCGUUGUAAUAGGGGAGUUGACACCAAUAAAUACAUUUUAUUUUGAUAUGAACUGUGGAGACGUGAUUUCGCUAUAGAUUUUGUAUAGCAACAGGAAUCUAUGUUGUUUUGUCGUGUAAACUUUUCCACCGAACUAAAAAUAAUAUUCCAUAAAAUUACUUUUUUAGUGUCAACUAUCCUACUGGUACAGGUGAUGAAAUAUUUAAAAAGCAAUAAAUUACCUUUUAAGCUUUGCAAACACUACCAUUUUUUAGUGACGUGAAUGAAUCGUAAUUUAGUUUGUAACUUGUAUCAAACACUUUCAUCAAUUUAAUAAAAAACACCAAUAUAGGUACUUAUUACGGUUAGGUAAGGAUUAAUUAUAUUCAAAUCAGCCUUCUAGUGCUAAAAUAUUCUUGAUUUUCGAUAGAAAAACUAUUAUUAGGUAAUAAGUAUAGUAUUUUUAACUAAAUGAUGUCAAGUAUAGAAGUGAGCCCAUGUGUCUUGAAAUGAUUUUUUGCUGUAGAAAUCAUGAGUAAGUAGAUACUUUAUUAUAUUUUUAAAAGUCGUUACAAAAUCAGCAGAAAAUAUAUUUUUAGGCCUUUUUGUUUAAUAUUAAAAUUAUGAGAAACGAGACAUUUCUAAGUAUAUUUUCACCUCAAUAUUGCAUUUAUUAUAAAAGGAAGUAUUUUUUGUAGGUACUGAAUUUCUCUAUUUUAAAAUUAUCACUUCACGGGAUUUUAGUUAUUUUUUUUAUAGAAAUUUCUAAAUUAUUACACUCCACUAAAGUGCGACUUACGUAUCUUAUUACUUUAAUAACUUAGCGUAGCGUAUUUGUAUGGAAUAGAUUACAAAAAAAAACUAGUCAAUAAAUAAAUAGUGUUUUUAAAGAUCUCAAGGAAUUCUAGUCAUAAAUCCAGAGACCAUUUGUGAAAUGGUUUGUUCUGUUUGAAGAGUUUAUGGAAAUGUUUUCAGCAAAAUUUUGUAAAAAUCUUUAGAAUGUUAUAAUAAAUUGUCUCUUUAUAGAAUAUUUUAAUAGUGUUUAGCGUUACAUUUAUUAUGGUUUUUGAAGCUUAAAAAAUACACUCAAUAUUAAAUAAAA